UAACCACUGUCAAAGCCGAUUACAGUUUAUCGGGUCUGUGAUUCUGUCACUGUCUGUCCACUUCAGGGUUCUCCCCUUUGUGAACGACACGCCUCUCGCGUUUGUUUGUUUGUUUGUUGUUUGUUUAUAAAAGCGUGUUUUAUUGGAUGAGCAGCAUGGAUUUAUUCUAGUGCUUGUGGGACUCGGGCAUCUUUACUAUGAGUUCCUCUGCAGACGCGCUCCCAUCAGCGGGGCAACUUUUUGGUGCGCCUCGGCACCGCUGAGCCGCGCGCGUCUCUCGGUGGGAAAGUUCACACGCAACCCCCGGCGAACAUGGGCUCGCGGUGAAAGCUUCUGCCGCCCCACUUUCUUCUCUCUCCUCCAAACCGUACGACAAAAUGCAGAAGAGCGUCCGCUGCAACGAAGGGCACGCACUGUUUCUGUCGGCGGUUGCGCGUAAAGAGGGGACUAAACGCGGCUACCUGAGCAAGAAGACUGCGGAGAACAGCCGAUGGCACGAGAAGUUCUUCGCCCUCUACCAGAAUGUGCUGUUCUACUCCGAGAACGAGCAGAGCGCGAGACCUGCCGGGAUUUACCUGUUGGAAGGAUGCACCUGCGAGCGCACGCCGGCGCCCAAGAUGUCCACUACUGGGAGGGAAGCGCUGGAGAAACAGUUCUACUUUCUCAUCGUGUUCGGUCACGACGGACAGAAGCCUCUGGAGCUGCGGACAGAGGAGGAGAGUGAGUGUGAUGAAUGGGUGGAGGCCAUCCAGCGGGCAAGUUACUCUGAAAUAAUCAUUGAACGAGAGGUGCUGCGGCAGAAAUACAUCCACCUUGUACAGAUAGUGGAGACUGAGAAGGUGGCCAACAAUCAGCUGCGCACCCAGCUGGAAGAUCAGGACACCGAGAUCGAGAGGCUCAAAGCAGAGAUUAUAGCUCUGAACAAAACUAAGGAGCGAAUGCGGCCUUACCAUGUCAACAAUGAAAAUGAAGACCCGGAUAUCAAAAAGAUCAAAAAGGUACAAAGUUUCAUGCGGGGAUGGCUCUGUCGGAGGAAGUGGAAGAUCAUUGUUCAGGACUACAUCUGCUCUCCUCAUGCUGAGAGCAUGAGGAAGAGGAACCAGAUCGUCUUCAACAUGGUGGAGGCAGAGACAGUGUAUGUCCACCAGCUCUCCAUCCUGGUCAACUGUUUCCUCAGACCUCUGAGGAUGGCCGCCAGCUCCAAGAAACCCCCCAUCAGCCACAAUGACGUCAGCAGCAUCUUCCUCAACAGUGAGACCAUCAUGUUCCUACAUGAGAUAUUCCAUCAAGGCUUGAAGGCGAGGAUAGCCAACUGGCCAACCCUGGUGCUGGCUGACCUAUUUGACAUCCUGCUGCCAAUGCUGAACAUCUAUCAGGAGUUUGUGCGUAACCAUCAGUACAGCCUGCAGGUUUUGGCCAACUGUAAGCAGAACAGAGACUUUGACAAGCUGCUGAAACAGUACGAGUCAAACGCCGCCUGUGAGGGAAGAAUGCUCGAGACUUUCCUCACGUACCCAAUGUUCCAGAUUCCUCGCUACAUCAUCACCUUGCAUGAGUUAUUGGCACACACGCCUCAUGAGCAUGUGGAGCGCAAAAGUCUUGAAUUCGCCAAGUCCAAACUAGAGGAACUGUCCAGAGUAAUGCAUGAUGAGGUGAGCGACACGGAGAACAUCCGGAAGAACUUAGCCAUAGAGAGGAUGAUAGUGGAGGGCUGUGACAUCCUGCUGGACACCAGCCAGACUUUCGUCAGGCAGGGCUCUCUGAUCCAGCUGCCGUCAGUGGAGCGAGGGAAGCUCAGUAAGGUCCGUCUGGGCGCUCUCUCUCUAAAGAAGGAAGGGGAACGCCAGUGCUUCCUCUUUACCAAGCACUUCCUUGUCUGCACACGCAGCUCUGGGGGAAAACUGCACCUUCUCAAGCAAGGUGGAGUUUUGUCCCUGAUUGACUGCACACUCAUAGAGGAACCAGAUGCCAGCGACGAGGAGUCUAAAGCUGGUGGUCAGGUAUUUGGUCAGCUGGACUUUAAGCUCGUAGUAGAGCCAUCAGACACACCUCCAUUCACUGUGGUGUUACUGGCACCAUCACGACAAGAGAAGGCCGCAUGGACCAGUGAUAUCAGCCAGUGUAUAGAUAAUAUCCGCUGUAAUGGCUUGAUGACCAGUGUAUUUGAGGAGAACUCUAAAGUUACGGUGCCUCAUAUGAUCAAAUCCGAUGUGCGUCUCCAUAAAGAUGAUGUUGACAUUUGCUUCAGCAAGACGCUCAACUCCUGCAAGGUCCCCCAGAUCCGCUAUGCCAGCGUGGAGCGGCUGCUUGAGAGGCUGACUGACCUGCGCUUCCUCUCCAUAGACUUCCUCAACACCUUCCUGCACACAUACAGGAUUUUCAGCACGGCAGCUGUGGUCAUGGACAAACUGGCCGACAUCUACAAGAAGCCCUUCUCCUCCAUACCUAUCAGGGUGCGGUACCACUCAUUUGACCGUCUGUCCAUCUCAUCCAUCUGUCCUGACUACAGUCUGAAGAUCAAGAAGAAAUCCAUGGAUCAGUCCAAGUCCUUGGAGCUGUUCUUUGCCACCAACCAGAACAACAGAGAACACACAAACGACAAAUCUCCUCGUCUCUGCCGCAAGUUCUCUUCUCCGCCUCCUCUGUCUAUCCCGUCCCGCACUUCCUCCCCUGUCCGAACACGAAAGCUUUCCCUCCACUCCCCCAUCACUGCCAGGGUCGGAGGCCUCGACCUCACCAGCCCUCUGUCAAACUCAAGCGUCAACCAUAACACUUCCCAGUCUGCUGCCAGUAGCCCCACAUCUGCCCACAGCCCCCACACCCCGACGCCUCAGACCCCGACUCCAACCACCUCCUCUCCUCCUCCUCCCUCUUCCACCUCUCCCCCACCCAACAAUUCCAAGCCAUCGCAGGACCAAGUAUCUCCCGUUGCCUCGUCCCCAGACCAAAGUCCUGGCUCGACUGCAGAGGGGGAGGAGGUGCCCAAGAUGGACCCCUUCUGUGGCAAACUGAGGAGGAGCAUUCGCAGAGCUGUGCUGGAGUCGGUGUCACUGGAGAAAAUCAUCCCAGAGUCUCCUCAGAGCAGUGAAGCAGGAGACAUGUCUCCAAGUCGCUCCCCUUCCACGCCUCGACACCUCCGCUACAGACAGCCUGGAGUCCAGUCAGGGGAGAACUCACGCUGCUCAGUCUCUCCUGCUUCAGCGUUUGCUAUCGCCACAGCAGCAGCAGGACAUGGUUCGCCACCAGUGUUUACUAACUCUGAAAGAACUUGUGAUAAAGAGUUCAUCAUCCGCCGAGCUGCGACUAACAGAGUCCUCAACGUGCUGCGGCACUGGGUUUCCAAACACUCGCAGGACUUUGAGAUGAACGGAGAGCUGAAGAAGUCAGUGAUAUAUCUCCUGGAGGAGGUGAUUCGAGAUCCAGACCUUCUGCCUCAGGAGAGAAAAGCUACUGGAAACAUAUUGAGUGCCCUUUCUCAGGACGAGCAGGACGACGCCCAGCUGAGGAUAGAGGACAUCUUACACAUGGCGGACUGUCCGAAGGCAGAGUAUUUCGAGUCUCUCUCAGCGAUGGAGCUGGCCGAGCAGAUCACUCUUCUGGAUCACAUCGUCUUCAGGAGCAUCCCCUAUGAAGAGUUCCUGGGGCAGGGCUGGAUGAAGGUUGAUAAGACAGACAGGACGCCAUACAUCAUGAAAACUACUCAACAUUUCAAUGAUAUGAGUAACUUGGUGGCAUCUCAGAUUAUGACCCACACUGACGUGGGCUCGAGGGCCAACUCCAUAGAGAAGUGGAUUGCUGUGGCGGACAUCUGCCGCUGUCUCAACAACUACAAUGGAGUUCUGGAGAUCACAUCUGCGCUCAAUCGCAGUGCCAUCUACCGUUUGAAGAAGACCUGGGCUAAAGUCAGCAAACAGACUAAAGCCCUGAUGGACAAACUGCAGAAGACUGUGUCCUCUGAGGGAAGGUUUAAAAAUCUGAGGGAGACCCUGAAAAACUGCAACCCUCCAAGUGUGCCAUACCUGGGAAUGUAUCUCACAGAUCUGGCCUUUAUUGAGGAGGGAACGCCCAAUUUUACUGAGGAAGGUCUUGUUAACUUCUCCAAAAUGAGGAUGAUAUCCCACAUCAUCAGAGAGAUCCGACAGUUUCAACAGACUCCAUACAGAGUAGAGCAUCAACCCAAGGUGACCCAGUACCUUAUGGAUAAGACUCCCGUCAUGGAUGAAGAGACACUCUAUGAUCUCUCACUGAAGAUCGAGCCCAGGCUUCCUGCCUGAGUUGCAGCUGUUUGUGGCCAGUGGGAGCCUGCCUAACCUGGACCCCCAAAGGGCAACACGCCCAAGUAAUCUCAUCAAUCAAGAGGAAGUUUUGAGAGCAACGUUGAAAUGAAAAUAAGAGAGAUACUGACUGAAGUAAGAGAUAUCUUUAGAGUCAAGUAUGAGGACAGUUGAACAAGCUUUUACAAGAGACUGAGGAGAGGACAGGCUGAAAAUGUCUAAGCUUUGAUUGUCUUCAAGAAGAACAAAAGGAAAAAGUUGCAUUGUGUGAGGGUUUUGAGGAAAUGAUAUGUCGCUGUGUGCGCUCAUCAUUCCUCAGUCGUGAGUGUGGUGCACAUGACAUCACACUUCCUUAGACAGCCUGAGAGUGCAGGAAAGGCUGAAAUACAGUGGAUGUAACAGAGAUGUAGCAUAUACAGAUAGUGUGACAGAGAGAUGUCUGAGCUUGUGU